AUGUUUUCGUGCCUUCCCAUUGAGGAGUUGUUUAGUAGCAGAGUAAAAUUGGAGGGGGAUGAUGACUCGUUGAUGGAAAAUGAAAAGUUACUUGGAUUUAACGAAGAAGACAAUUUCCGAGAAUAUGAUAGCAUUGAUGAUCUUCAUGCUUUUGAGGCUCCCAAAUUGAAGCAAAGCAACGUUCUGAGCGGUGAAAAGCUCCGGGCCUUGCGUAAGCUCAUGAAAGACUAUGGAGUGGGUGUAUAUUUGGUGCCUUCCGAAGACGAGCAUCAGUCAGAAUACACUUCUUUGGCAGAUAAAAGAAGAGAGUAUCUCUGUGGAUUUUCAGGAAGUGCUGGAAUAUGCGUGGUGACCCUAGAUGAUGCCUCAGAACUCACCGGAGAAGCUGCUUUGUCGACAGAUGGCCGGUACUUUCUCCAGGCCGAAAAGGAACUAGAUCCAAAUCAUUGGACUCUUUUGAAGCAAGGUGCUGCUGGCUACCCUACGUGGCAGGAAUAUGCUGUGAGGAAAGCAGAGCAAAGUAGGUUUAGCAACGUGAUUUCGUGUGAUCCAGAACUCAUCAGUUUGUCCACCGGAGAGCGGUUCAGAAGCAUGGCUGGAAAUUUCAAGUUUGAACCAAUUCUAGAAGUCAAUUUUGUGGAUGAGAUUUGGGAGAACAAGCCCCAGCGGUCUCUCGACCCAAUUUAUGAGCUUCCGCUUGAAUACAGUGGAGAAUCUGCUAACGAUAAGAUCGCUCGUGUGCGCAGCGAAAUGGAAAAACUUGGAGGAACCCAUUUGAUCAUUUCGGCUCUUGACGAAGUAGCAUGGCUUUUGAACCUUCGUGCUGACACAGACAUUCCUUUUUCUCCUGUUUUUUUCAGUUAUAUUAUCGUGGACCACCGAAAAGUGACAUUGUACAUCAACCGUGAAAAAUUGUCGAAUGUGAAAAAUUACCUAAAGUCCAUUGAUGGACUUGAAAGCAAAGAUACUUCUGAUUUCCUUGCUGAUUUGAAGCUGCUUAACAAGGAUUCAGCGCUUAUACUUCCUGAUAAAGCAUCAACCACCUAUGCUGUUUCUGAAGCAGUCAAACAUUUGGAUACUCAGUACAACUCUGUGGUGUCAUUUUUGAAGAUCGUCAAGAACAAAACCGAGCUUUUCAACGCUACAGUUGCCCAGCACAAAGACUCUCUAGUGUUCAUAAUCCUCGGUUCAUGGCUUGAGCAGCAAUUGUUGGAGAAAAAUCAAAAAAUCACCGAAUUCGAUGCUGCCUCAAAAAUUUACGCUCUUCGAGAACAAAUGCCCAACUUCAAGGGAUUGUCUUAUGAAACCAUAGCGUCCACUGGGAGCAAACGCUGCUAUCAUCCACUAUGCUCCCACCAAAGAAAACUGUAA